AUGUGUCAAAACCCCGAUUUGGACCUCAUUCAUUUCUUUCUUACCCUUUCAAUUCUUCAACACAAUGUCUAUGAGCUUGUCCAAUGCAAGAAAUGCCUCCAAGUUGAUCGUGUGUUUGUUAAAGACGAUGUUAACAAAUGUGGUUGGGAUGUUCCAGCUAAGGAACGAACAUGUUGGAAACUCACUAACCCCGACAGAUGUUUUUGGAACUGCAACAACUUGAAAAGACUGAGGAAAUGUGAUUACUUUGAAUGGAAAGAUGUUGCACUUGAAGAUGGUUACUAUAAAAACAUCAUCUAUUCCAUGAAGCAACAGCUGGAUUCCAAAGAGGAUCUUGGUGUCAUAAAAAACUUGAGGACUAAGAAUGUUGAGCUGGAGUUUCUCCUGAGUAAGGAGAAGACUCUAGUAUCAAGCAUGGAGAAGGGGAUGUGUGAUUCCAAGAAGAGCAUACGUAUAUACAAGCUGUUGGUAGUCGUUCUAAUUGUUGGGUAUAUCAUGUUUGUUUUGUUUUAA